GUGUUGACACAUAAACACUGUUUGAUUGGUCGGCAUCAACAGCAAAUGUGUGUCUUCUCUUCACGCUCACGUUGUAGCAGUGUCAAGGAAGCCAGUAGCGAAGUCUCUAGAGUCACAACACAGUGCAACAACGUAAAUGCCCUCAGUGACAAUGUCUUUACGUGGAACUAUGCAAAAACUACACGUAAACACUGGUGGUAUAAUCUCAGAGAAGACAUGGACUGUGGCGACAUCUUCCCAGUGUUUUUGUUGUACAACGAGGGAGAGCUUACCGGUUUUGGAUGGGCUAUAACCACAUAUAUAAACUCGGACAGAUAUGAGCACCCUCCUUCAAGUUCCUCUAAGUUUUUUAUGCAAAACCCCCCUAAAUGCUUGGAAUCAGACGGGGAGAUGACCACUAUGCACAUCUAUCUCAACUCUAGCCCAUGGUUCAACACCUGCUAG